AUGAUACACACAACGCAUGUCAGCAAUCGACGUGAGCUGCAAGCGGAGCUGCAAGUAUUCUCUGCGCUGAAGGAGCGUCCUAUUGCACCAAACUGGGAACCGGAGACCAAGCGGGCUAAAACAGCGGAACUAAAAUGUUAUCAGUGUGGAAAACCAGGACAUAAAAAGCAAGACUGUAGAUCUGGACUAGGAUUUCAGUUUUCAUCAACUGAAAAGGAGCGGCGUUCUGGGCAGCCUCAUCAUGGAAGGGCAAAUGUAACUUGUUACAAAUGCCAGGAGCCGGGGCACAUUGCCACAAAUUGUCCCAAAAAAGUGCAGAAUACCGGAUUGGGAGUAAGAUCGGAAGAGAGUGGAGCUGUGCACUAUGGUGGAGCCUAA